GCAGCGUCGCGCAGCUCCUCUGGUCAUCGGCUCCCGCUCCUCAGACGUUACGUUGAAUUAAAGAAAAUACUUUAUCAGAAGAAGAUGGCCAUUGCACAGUUGCAGAGGACUUCCAUGAGUGCAUUGGCAUUUCCCAAUAAGAUAUCAACUGAGCAACAGUCUUUGGUGUUAGUGAAGAGGCUCCUAGCAGUUUCAGUAUCCUGCAUCACAUAUUUGAGAGGAAUAUUUCCAGAAUGUGCUUAUGGAACAAGAUAUCUAGAUGUUACGCCCCCAGAUUACCAGCCUCCCGGUUUUAAGGAUGGUGAUUGUGAAGGAGUAAUAUUUGAAGGGGAGCCUAUGUACUUAAAUGUGGGAGAAGUCCCAACACCUUUUCACACCUUCAAAGUGAAAAUGACCACUGAGAAAGAACGAGUGGAAAAUGUUGAUUCAAGUAUACUAUCACCAAAACAAUUAAAAACACCACUUCAAAAAAUCCUGAUGGACAAAGAUGAUCUAGGAGAUGAACAGGGGCAUUAUAUAAAUGAUGAUUUUGACAUUGACACUAAAAUGGAAGAGCAAAAAAAAAACCCUGGAUCUUCUGAACUUGGAGAAUCAAGUUUCGUUUGUGAGGAAGAUGAAAUUAUGAGGUCUGAAGAAAGUCCAGAUCUUUCAAUUUCUCAUUCUCAGUUUGAGCAAUUAGUCAGUAAAACAUCUGAACUUGAUGUGUCUGAAAGCAAAACAAGAAGUGGAAAAAUCUUUCAGAAUAAAAUGGCAAAUGGAAAUCAACCAGUAAAAUCUAAAGAAAAUCGGAAGAGAAGUCACCUCAAAUCUGGGAAAACAGUCCUCCAUCCCUUUGAUUCUUCUAGUCAAGAGUCAGUGUCAAAAAGGAGAAAGUUUAGUGAACCAAAGGAACAUAUAUAAAAAUUGCUUUUUCUUCUAAACAUUUGCAAAGUUCUUCUCAACAAUUUAAAUUGAAGGACACUAUAUUUCUAUUUUAAGGUGUGUUUUCCCUAACUCUGAAAAUAUAUAUGUAGUUUUAAGCAGUUCAUACACUAAAUUGAAGUUCUUAGCUGACUGUCAUAUUGUGGUCCUUAAUCUUAUUUGGGAUAAAUCCAACAGAACUUUUGAAUAAAACUAAAAGUAUAAAUGUC